UAUUGUUUUAACUUCUAUCGAAGAUGAUAAUAACAUUAAUUCGUGUAUUACACCUAAUUUGUGUGCGUUUUGCGCUGGUGUCUAGUAGGCUCAACAAAAAAACGAUUAAAGAGUAGCCUAAUCUAUAACUAACCUAUAUAUUCUUUUCACUCCUUGUCUAAGUCCUAAACAUAUUGCUUUUAAAAGUAUUUUUAUUAUUAAUAGCAGACCAGAUGAUAUAUUUUGUAUAGUAGUCUAUGGGCAUUCGCCUGAAUACUAGAAACUAGAAAGUGAAAGUAUAAGCUGGACAGUACCGACCUGCUACUGCGUUUUCCCUUUCCAUACUUCCGAAUAAAAUCCAGCACACUCCACCAUGUCCCUGCAACAGUCUCUCGAGCAACACAGUAGAAAGCUACUGCACGCAUACAAAGAUGAAACAAACUCAAAUGUGGACGUAUAUUUUUGUGAUAUUUUUAACUCUGCAGAGUCAGUGCUCCGCUUGCAGAUGGCUCGGCCGGUAUGGGACAGUGAGCGCCGAUUCUCUGAGUCAGCUUAGGGAGAUGGGUGGACAAUAUCUUGAGAAUAGCAAGGUGCAUUUUCCGGGAUCCCUGUACAAGUUGAUGGACAAAGCUAAGGUGGAGGACCAGGUGAAGUUUCUUGUCUUGACCUUAGAUCAUAUCAUCGAACUCAUGGAAGCCUCACAGCACAUGAAUUCAGAGAAAUGGAACCCAAAGACAGUGGGAUAUUUCCUAAAAAACCUGCACAGGCAGUCAUCUGAGCUUAAAGAAUGCGUGGCCCAAUAUCAAAAGCCGCUGAAGUUUUACGAGAUAAGGAUAAAUAGGCACUUCAGGGAUUUGAAGAAGAUUUUAAAGAAAGAAAAAUAUAGUGCUCAAGCAUGGGAGAAGAUCCGGAAAACUGUGAGAAGCCACCUUCAUAGGAUGGACAUCAUCACAAGCAAUGCCAAAAAAAGUUUCUAAAAGAGUUUAAGAGACAAUAAUGACAGAAAAAUGUCUGACUUUUGACACAUUCCAUAGAGCAAAAAAAAAAAAAGUUACAAAAACUGCCUUACAAACAAAAACUGGAAAAAAAAAAAAAGAAUGUUAUAAAUGUAUUGUGUAUUCACGUGUUUGUAUUUAAUUGCAAUGAAUGUAGCCUAGAAUGUAACCUAGAGUCGCUUAUAUUGACCAAUGGGUAUUGCUUUAA